GUAUUACAGAAAGAAGAUUUUUAUAGAAAAAAUUAAUAGAGACAAAAAGGUUAGUGGUGAUUCCGCAUCAUUAUAAUAAUCUGAUCCCCCUUCUUGAUUUCUCAUUUCGAUAUAACUUUUGGCUUGCAAGUUUCGUAUUUUUCACAAUUUAGUAACCCUAAUUUUGGGGGAUAAAACAAGUAUUCGAUUUUUUUUUUUGGGAAAAAGGGUCUGUAUCUAUGGGAAAAUUCGAUUUUUGACCCAAAACUUCUUCACUGGUCACCAUCCAUCGCAAACCCAAACCUCGAAAGAGAAAUAAGGAAAUGGCGGGCCAAGUGGGGAAAGUGUGAAGCCGGAAAAUUUUGCCAAAACUGAAAUUUUUUUCCCUAAAUUUUCGAUUUUCUUUUUGUGUUUCCCGCUAAAAAAUACCCUAAUUUCCGCCAUGGAAACUCAGAGGUCUUAAUCGGUUCGUUGUUCGUUGUCAAUGGCGGGUUGGUCGAUGGUAGCUAACGAGGAUGCCAUCGAUCUUAACAAAACUCCGAAGAACCUCAACGCCACUAGGUCUCCUCAAAGCGUUAACCCAGAAUCUACAGGGUCUGGGUUUGAAAAGAAGAUUAAAGAACUCAUCUCUUUGUUCCGACCUUUACUUGAAUCUUUCCUCUGCGAGUUCUGUUCGGCGGAAAGCUUCCGACCUCUUCCUCCGAUGACUGGCGACGGGAGAACCGUUGAUUUGUUCAAUCUUUUCUUGAACGUGAGUCACAAAGGCGGAUUUGAUUCAGUUUCUUUAAAUGGGUUAUGGGGUGAGGUUGCUCAAGACUCUGGAUUAGGGUCUUAUAACUCAGCAUCUGCUAAACUGAUCUAUGUUAAGUACCUUGAUGCACUUGCUAGAUGGUUGAACAGAGUUACUGUAGGUGAUACUGAUGCUAGUAGUCUUGAGUUGUCUGGAAUCUCUGAUGCUUUGGUGGCUAGACUUAAAGUUUUCUUAUCUGAAGUGAAGAGGAAGUAUGAGUUGAGGAAAGGUCAUACUGCAAAGGAGUUAGGAGCAGAGCUUAAAUGGUUUAUAUCAAAAACGAAGAGAAGAUACGAUAAGUACCAAACUUGCAAAGAGCCUGGUUCUAAUGAUGCUGUGAAAGAAAUCGAGGGUUCCAAGUUUACUGAAAAGAGACUGGAGAAGAUGAUGAUCCUUGAAUCCGGUAAUCAGGACUGCUCUUCGCCUGGGAAGAGAAAACGAGAAUGUCCUUUGGAGACAUUGAAAUGGUUAAGCCAGGUUGCUAAGGAUCCAUCUCUCGGUCGUGUGCCAGAUAGAUCAAAGUGGGUAGCUUACGGGAGUGAAGAGCCAUGGAAACAACUUCUUCUGUUUAGGGCCUCUAUAACAAAAAACGAUCCAGCUUGUGAAAAGACUUGGCAGAAACUCCAAAAGAUGCACCCAUCCAUGUACGAUGAUAGUGCUGGACCUGGUUACAAUCUAAGGGUGAGGCUGAGUUACGAUGGUAGUCAGUUUAAUGACAAGAACAGUUCAGAUGAGGAGGAUAGACCAUGUCCUCUAGUUGGGUCAGAGUUUCAAGCUGAUGUACCGGAGUGGACUGACAUAACCCCUGAAAGCGAUUCAAAGUGGUUGGGCACUCGGAUCUGGCCACUGACCAAAGAACAAAGCAAGAAGAGUCUUCUUAUCGAAAGAGAUCGUAUUGGAAAAGGAAGAGAGGAUUCUUGUGGCUGCCAGAGUCCAGGAUCCAUUGAGUGUGUCAAGUUUCAUAUCAGUGCAAAACAGGAUAAACUGAAACUUGAACUUGGUCCAGCUUUCUACAUGUGGUGUUUUGAUGUCAUGGGUGAAGGUAUUCUUCAGUAUUGGACAGACAUAGAACUGAAGAAGAUAAAGUCUUUGAUGAGUUCUCCACCUUCACUUAGCCAAGCUUUCUUCGAUCAGGCCAAGACAAUCCUUCCGUCAAAGAGCAGAGGAAAAAUUGUGAGCUACUUCUACAACGUGACUCUUUUGCAGUAUAGGGCAAAUCAGAGUAGAACCACUCAUGAUAUAGACAGUGAUACUGAUCAAUACUUCACCGGUGCAAAAGAGAAAGAAAAUCCAACCCCCGAAGCAAACACAUCCCAGAAACCCGGCCUGCUUUCUCCUAAGAAAAGAAGAUGUCGAUAGAGAGAGAAGUAGCUAGAGCCGUGAUGAAUCACUCUGUUGAUAGAUUCAAGUUGGAGCAUCUCUUUUUGUUUUCUUUCCAUCUCGUUUUUUGGGCUUCUUUUGCCAUAUUGAAACUGGCUUUAAACUCUGGGAAAAGGCGCUUUCAUCAUGGCGGCAUUGUCUCAGCAAAUUCUGGUUUUGAGGUAUAUACUUCCAUCUCUUCCUUGGAUGAUUCUGCAGUAUUAUUCUUUUUUUGGUGGGCAUAGCUGAAAAAGGCUUUGUGAAGAAAACUGAUGAAUCAGAGAGAAGAUUUCUAAAAGUACAGUAAGAGAAUUCGAUUAGUAUAGAUUUGGCAACAGAGACCAAAUGUAAUUGCUUGAUAUAUGGAUUUUUUGUUUGUUUCCAGAAAAAAAGAAAAUGCAUAAUAUCUGGUUACUACUUAAGAUCACAAGUUCAUGAUUCC